AUGGAAAGCGCUCUUCUUUGUGUGAGCCGCUACCAUUCGUUCAUGGAAGUCCGAUGCUCAACUUUUCUUAAUGAAGCCGGCCGACUGAAGAAAGAAUUGGAUCCUUCCGUCACACCUACUCGGGAGAUAUGCAGAUUUCUUCACUUGAAUUCCUUAUGCCUAGAGAACACUAUAGCGAUGUACUGUACGAAUGCAAAGAAAAUCUUCAGGAGGCUAAACUUCAGAGACUAUUUCCCGAGUUUCAUACUACCCGCCAAUGACACGCUUUUCGACGACCUUGAUUUGGACAAUUGCCAAAUGUACGAUUUCGUCAAGAAGAAUACUCGCAAAAUUGAAGAUCACUAUUUGGACAAGGUAUCUCCCGUUUCUGCUGCGCUGACUUGGCACAUGCUUUCUGUGUUUACGAAAUUAUGUUCAUGCAUGCGUGCGUGGGUGUAUUUUCAUUUAUACGGAUUGCAUUCUACGAUUACAAAAACGUCUACGGUUAGUAGUCUAGUAGUCACCUCCAACAAAGAAUUCCCCGUGAGAUGGACUAGAAAGUUACCCGUGAGUAUACUCAACCCUUACGUUCACAACUCAACAAGCUAUACACAGGUAUCAAACGCUAAACACUGUAAAAUAAACGGGCCUCAUUUCCCGCACCCCGAAAGAGUCCCGAUUCGGUAG